AUGAAUAAGGUCAUGGAAAGCAAACGCAAAAAUUACAUUAAACAGUACGUAUGCCAAUCUCAGCAACAGGAUACCGGUAGAAAACGGGGACAACCAGAAAAUACUGAUAUUGUAACAAAGCUACGGCGAGCAAAUACAGCGGAUUAUAAAGCUAUACAGGGUAAUACUUACAUGUCUGUCUCAGCAGAAAACACCUCGACUCAUAAACUCCAGCAACUUACCGAUGAUGACGACGCCUCCCACGCCCCAAGCGCUUCGCACACCUCCACUCCUGGUCUCCUGAAAUCUAGUUAUAGCAACGACGCUUCCCACGCGAUGCGUUCCCUUACCAAUGAUAGCUCCUUCGCGACGAGAGCUUCGCAUAACCUCGGCUUCUGCACUCCUUCUAUCUACUGCAGAUAA